GUGGGGCGGGUGGAGCGGCCCGCUCUGCGUCCGGGCGCUCGGCUUUCCCUGCCGGUCCCGCCCUCCGUCGCGGCGGCGCGGUGCACCUUGGGACAGGGAGCGAUCUCCGAGCGAGGCAGCAAGAUGGACGCGGGAUUCUUCCGCGGAACAAGUGCAGAACAGGAUAAUCGGUUCAGCAACAAACAGAAGAAGCUACUGAAGCAGCUGAAAUUCGCAGAAUGCCUAGAAAAAAAGGUGGACAUGAGCAAAGUAAAUUUGGAGGUUAUAAAGCCUUGGAUAACAAAACGAGUAACGGAAAUCCUUGGGUUUGAAGAUGAUGUUGUGAUUGAGUUUAUAUUCAACCAGCUGGAAGUGAAGAAUCCAGACUCCAAAAUGAUGCAAAUCAACCUGACUGGGUUUUUGAAUGGAAAAAAUGCUAGAGAAUUUAUGGGAGAGCUGUGGCCCCUGCUCUUAAGCGCACAAGAAAACAUCGCUGGAAUCCCUUCUGCUUUCCUAGAGCUGAAGAAAGAAGAAAUAAAACAGAGACAGAUUGAACAAGAAAAGUUGGCAUCUAUGAAAAAGCAAGAUGAAGACAAGGAUAAGAGGGAUAAGGAAGAAAAAGAAAGCAGCAGAGAAAAAAGGGAGCGGUCUCGAAGCCCAAGAAGACGCAAAUCCAGAUCUCCUUCCCCUAGAAGACGAUCUUCCCCUGUCAGGAGAGAGAGAAAGCGCAGUCAUUCUCGAUCUCCCCGUCACAGAACCAAGAGCCGGAGUCCUUCCCCUGCUCCAGAGAAGAAGGAAAAAACUCCAGAGCUCCCAGAGCCGUCAGUGAAAGUAAAAGAACCUUCAGUACAAGAGGCCACUUCUACUAGUGACAUCCUGAAAGUUCCCAAGCCUGAACCAGUACCAGAGCCUAAAGAACCUUCUCCGGAGAAAAACUCCAAAAAGGAAAAGGAAAAGGAGAAGACCCGACCAAGAUCUCGGUCGCGUUCCAAGUCAAGAUCCCGGACACGUUCUCGCUCUCCUUCUCAUACUCGACCGAGAAGACGCCAUAGAUCCCGAUCAAGAUCAUACUCACCUAGAAGGCGGCCAAGCCCAAGAAGACGGCCAUCUCCUCGAAGAAGAACUCCACCGAGACGAAUGCCUCCUCCACCAAGGCAUAGAAGGAGUAGAUCUCCAGUGAGACGAAGAAGGCGUUCAUCGGCAUCCUUGUCUGGGAGUAGCUCGUCCUCUUCUUCAUCUCGUUCCCGGUCACCGCCAAAGAAGCCUCCAAAGAGGACAUCCAGCCCCCCUCGAAAAACUCGUAGGUUAUCUCCUUCAGCAAGUCCUCCGAGGCGAAGGCACAGGCCAUCACCUCCAGCAACUCCACCACCAAAAACUCGUCAUUCCCCGACACCCCAGCAGUCAAACCGUACGAGGAAAAGUCGUGUUUCUGUCUCUCCAGGGAGAACUUCAGGUAAAGUGACAAAACAUAAAGGUACUGAGAAAAGAGAGUCCCCUUCACCAGCACCCAAGCCUAGAAAAGUAGAGUUAUCUGAAUCAGAAGAAGAUAAAGGUGGCAAAAUGGCUGCAGCAGAUUCUGUGCAGCAGAGACGCCAAUACAGACGACAGAACCAGCAGUCUUCUUCUGAUUCUGGCUCCUCCUCUUCCUCAGAAGAUGAGCGACCCAAAAGGUCCCACGUGAAGAAUGGUGAGGUAGGCAGGCGGCGGAGACAUUCCCCUUCCCGGAGUGCCUCUCCAUCACCUCGAAAGCGCCAGAAAGAGACUUCCCCUCGGAUGCAGAUGGGAAAGCGAUGGCAAUCGCCAGUGACUAAAAGUGGUAGACGGAGGAGAAGUCCCUCCCCACCGCCUACCAGAAGGCGACGUUCUCCUUCUCCUGCGCCUCCGCCUCGUCGACGCAGGUCUCCCACACCACCACCACGACGAAGGACUCCUUCUCCUCCCCCACGUCGUCGCUCACCUUCCCCAAGAAGAUACUCUCCUCCAAUACAGAGGAGAUAUUCUCCUUCUCCACCUCCAAAGAGAAGAACGGCUUCACCCCCUCCCCCUCCUAAACGAAGGGUAUCACCAUCACCACCACCAAAGCGUCGGGUCUCCCAUUCGCCACCUCCCAAACAAAGAAGCUCCCCAGUCACGAAGAGACGUUCGCCUUCGUUGUCAUCAAAGCAUAGGAAAGGGUCUUCCCCGAGCCGAUCUACCCGGGAGGCCCGGUCACCACAACCAAACAAACGGCAUUCGCCCUCACCACGGCCUCGAGCUCCUCAGACCUCCUCAAGUCCUCCAGCUGUUCGAAGAGGAGCAUCGCCAUCACCCCAAAGAAGGCAGUCCCCAUCUCCAGGUUCUAGGCCCAUUAGGAGAGUCUCCAGGACUCCGGAGCCCAGAAAGAUAAAAAAAGCUGCCUCACCAAGCCCUCAGUCGGUAAGGAGGGUCUCAUCUUCCCGAUCUGUCUCGGGAUCUCCUGAGCCAGCAGCUAAAAAACCCCCAGCACCUCCAUCCCCUGUCCAGUCUCAGUCACCCUCUACCAACUGGUCACCAGCGGUACCAGUUAAAAAGGCUAAAAGCCCAACACCAAGCCCAUCACCGGCAAGGAAUUCAGACCCAGAAGGAGGUGGAAAGAAGAAGAAGAAAAAGAAGGACAAGAAACACAAAAAGGAUAAGAAGCACAAGAAGCACAAAAAACACAAGAAGGAAAAGGCUGUAGCUGCAGCUGCUGCAGCCCCUGUAACCCCUGCGGCCAUCGCUGCUCCCACAGCCGCGUCAGCACAGGAAGAACCAGAGGCAGAGCCAGAGCCUAAGAAGGAGACUGAAAGUGAGGCUGAAGAUAACCUUGAUGACUUAGAAAAGCACCUGCGUGAAAAGGCCCUGAGAUCAAUGCGGAAGGCUCAAGUGUCCCCACAGUCCUAGGUGCAUCAUGGGAGGAGAAGCUGAUGUGCUGAUUCUGAAGAGUGGUGCCAUGUGUGCAGACGGCUAUAUGGAUACCUCUCACCAGAUGGGCCAGUCACAAACUCUUCAUUGGAAACUUCAUCAAGGAAGUGUUUUGCAGACUGCAGGUUGAGACUCGGCAGUGAAUUGUAAAGUUGAAUGAGUCGCAACCAGCAUUAAAAUAAAAAAAUGAAAUAGUUAAUUUAAGUGUGAAUCACAUAUAGUAGGUUAAGUAUUAUUUCAUGAAGUGUGUGUGUGCCUGUGUGCUUGUGUGCAUAUGUAUGCUUGUGAACUGGGUUACCGUGUAAAAUGUAUUCUAAUGUGAUUGAUACAGUCAGCAAAAUGGAAAGCCACUACCUUACAGAUCACCUAGGCCACCAGUUUGUAAACUGCCCUGCAGAGCCCUAAGUGGGGAGAAUUAUGAUUCAGAUUUUCUCUGUCGGAUGGGGCCACUAGUAGUACUGCUCUUUGUUGAGGGAUUGAGCGAUGAUACAGGUAAGCUUCGCAAGGGCUUUGCUCUGCUUUUUUUUUUUUUUUUUUUUUAAAACUUUGAGCUUCCCUGUUGGAUUCUUUUUGAUAAAAGGUUCCGCAACCAAAAACCAUGCGAAAACCACCCAUCUAGCCUAGGCCUUGUCACGGGAACCGACUGCCCCAAGGUAAAGCCACAGCUCCCCCAGGUGCCUUGCCACCCCCGCAGACUGCCUCAGCCCGGGGGCUAUUGAGGGCACCCAGCUUUAAUUCCGUUGUAGUGAAAGGAAACAGACUGAGAGUAACCAGGUGCCUCUGAAGCAGGGGUAGAAGUAGCUCUCAGGGAAUAUUGGAGAUGUGGAAGGAAAAAACCCAAAAUAGGAAACAAUGUGCAGAAGUGGCCUUUGUGAACCCCAAAGUCCCACAUCUGUUCUUUCCCUAGUGCAUAACCGGGUAGGGACCCUUCUAGCAAUUUAAGCAUGGAGGCUUUGGCUUAACAUAGCCAACAUGAGCAGAGGGGAGUGGUAAGCCUGACUGGUCUGGGCCCCGCCUGGAGGAAGACGCUCACGCCACCGACCAUCGGGACCCAUCCAGACGGCCAAGAUGUGCUGAGCAGCCGCCAGGAACCCUGUGAUUUCCCACGUUUGUUCCUUUGCUUUUCUCUUGCUGUUCUCUGCCUGGGAUAUCCUUCCUGGUCUCCUAAUGUCCUAAUCCUUUUUGGACUUAGAGAUGUACUUAAGAUGAUGGUUUUUAACUCUAAAAAAAAAAAAAUACAUAUUCACUUUUAGAGAAUUUGGAAAACAAAAAGAAAAAAUUGGGAAUUCCCUGGUGGUCCAGUGGUUAGAACUCGGCGCUUUCACUGCGGGGGCCUAGGUUCAAUCCCUGGUCUGGGAACUAACAUCCUGCAAGCCAUGUGGCGUGGCCAAAAAAAAAAAAAGAGAGAGAGAAAAAAAUUGUUGGCAAUCCCAUCAUCCAAAUAUAACCAAGGACACCUACCUCAAGUCAAGUACUCUACCUGACUACACUCAACCUUCCCUGAGCUCCCCUCCUCUAAUAUAUGGAACAAACUGGGGCUUUUUUCCCCCCUAUGUAUUUAGAAGUACUGAUGUAGCUACAAACAUCAGGAUCAAACCAUGUAUAUAUAAUGUUUAAUAUUCUUUUUUCCAUUGGGCAGAUCAUGAACUAAAAUUGCAGAAUACAUUUUAAAUGUCGUACAACCAGGAAAUUUGGAAAAUAGAUAAAAGAAAGUAAAUUACCCCAUGCCAACCUCCAAACACUGCUACAGUUCUCCCUUUUGUAUAUUUCUUAUUUAGUCUUUUUUUUUUUUUAAUGUUAGGGCUUUCCUGGUGGUGCAGUGGAUAAGAAUCUGCCUGCCAAAGCAGGGGACACGGGUUCAAGCCGUGGUCUGGGAAGAUCCCACAUGCUGCGGAGCAACUAAGCCCAUGCGGCACAACUACUGAGCCCGCAUGCCACAACUACUGAAGCCUGUGUGCCUAGAGCCCGUGCUCCGCAACAAGAGAAGCCACCGCAAGAAGCCCGCGCACCGCAACGAAGAGUAGCCCCUGCUCGCUGCAAUUAGAGAAAGCCCGCGCGCAGCAAUGAAGACCCAACUCAGCCAAAAAUAAAUAAAUAAAUAAUAAUUUUUAAAAUGUUA